AUGGUCGGUGAUUUUCAGAAUGGACUUAAUGAUUAUGUGGAAAAUCAAAGAAAUAAUUCUGAUAAAGCACAAUUACGUUCGCAAAUCAGUUCCUUAGAACAAAAUCUUAAUAAAACCCCAACUCAGCAAGCAGAUUUAACUAAAAAGAAAGAAAAAUUGCAAGAGUUAGAAAAAGCACUUACUAAAUCUUUACCUCUAUCUACUCAGAUUAGUAUUUUAGAGAGAGAAAUAAAAAGUUUAGCAAGUAAAUCUACUCGCACCCAAGUUGAGGAAGCACUUUUAACAAGUAAAAAGAAACAAUUGGCGGAAUUAUUGAAAAAACAAAAUAAUUCAGAUGCUAACUCUACUAAACCUAGUGAUAAAACUGCUUUUUAUAUUGGACUAGGAAUGGGAGGAGUAUUUUUAAUCCUUGAUAAAUAUCUAGAUUAUGAUUUAGCCUAUUACUGCAAGUCUAAGCAACUUGCUCCCGCAGAAGUUAAAGAUAGUUUAAAAUAUAGAUAUAAACUAGCACAAGAAUUGCAGUCAACUCAAGCCUAUCUUGAUUUUUUUUAUCCCUUAACUAACCGUAGUAAAAUUAAGAAGUUAGAUUUUAUUGAAAAAGACUUAACUGGUGACUUAAAUUUAACUGGGUUUGAUAAUUUAACUGAACUUGAUUGCUUUCGAAGUAAUCUAACUAACUUAGAUUUAAGUGAUUGUUCAUCUUUAACUAAACUUGAUUGCUCUGAUAAUAAACUAACUAAUCUCAACUUUAUAAAUACUUUACCCUGUCCAGAAAAAUUAACUAACUUAAAUAUUAAUUCUAAUAAAAUCACUAGUAAUUUAACUCCCCUUAGUAAAUUAGUUAAUUUGCAGGCGUUAAAUUUAUUUAAUAAUUCUUCUCUUGCUACUUCCUUAGCCCCUUUGCAACACUGUUUAAAGUUAGAAGGACUUGGUAUUAGUAGUACUAAUCUCACUCCUGAUCUGCAAUAUUUACCACUUACCAGUCAUCCAGAAUUAAUGCAACAAGCUGGUAAAAAAAAAGUAGUUGACAAUAAUGAUUAUCGCCAAAGUGAAUUAAAAACCGUAAUUACUACUCCCAAAUAUUUAACUGAACAUUCAAAGUCAACCACUGAGCCAGUGACAACAAGUGAACAGGCGAUAACUCAAAAAUUACCCUUUAGACUUUAUAAUAUUGAAAAAAACAAAAUAGAAAAAACUGAAGGAAAAGUAGCUAUUGAGGCUUGUAAACAAUUAGGUAUUAAUUAUUUAUGGAUGGAUCAAUUAUGCAUUAAUCAAGCAAACACCAAGGAAUCCAUCGAAGAAAAAAAUCAAGAAAUUCCUAAAAUGAGGCAGUAUUAUGGUAAUGCUAGUGCCGCUUUAAUUGCUAUUGAUGAUAAUGUUAAAGAAGAGUGA